CGUUUUUAUAUAGCCAAAAUAGUGCAGAGUCCGAAACCCGAAUCCCGAGUCCCGAUCUAGCAUAGCAUAUAAAUAUAAUCAUUAAAUAAGUAAUACGCAGAACAUAUUGUAUUGUUUGCAUAUGUUUUGAAGUUAGUCAAAGUGUUAAGUUAAAUAUUUUCCAGUCAUAUCCAGCACACUUUGCUUCCGUAUAGAAAGUUGAUAUUAUACAAAAUAAUAUAAUAAUAAUAAUAAUAAAAGUGUUGAGAGAUGAGCCAUCUUUUAUUCCAAAAUCAAGAUUCAGCCAUUGAUGCAUCUUCUGCUUCUGUCUAUGACAAUGACGAUGAUGACUCAUCAACCAUUAAAAACUUUAACAAUAAUCAAGAAAAUCAGGAAGAUUUCAGUGACUAUCAAACUGAAUCAGAUUUUACUGGUCAUGAUCAUCCCAUAGAUUUACAAAGAUUACAUGAUUUAAUUGAUGAUGAAAAUGAUAUAAAUCAAGAUGAAUUAACUGAUAUGGAAAAUCCUGAUCAAUCAUUACCUGAACAUGCAUGUGCAUACUGUGGAAUUCAUAAUAUUGAAUCAGUUGUUAAAUGUCAUACUUGUAAUAAAUGGUUUUGUAAUGAUAAAUCAGAUUCAGGAGGUUCUCAUAUUGUUACUCAUUUAGUUUUAUCAAGACAUAAUCAAAUAUCUCUUCAUGAAGAUUCAGAUUUAGGAGAUUCAGUAUUAGAAUGUUAUAAUUGUGGAAAUAAAAAUGUAUUUAUUUUGGGAUUUGUAAGUGCCAAACAAGAAUCAGUAGUGGUAAUUCUUUGUCGUAUACCCUGUGCUCAAAUGAAAGAUGUAAGUUGGGAUACUUCUCAAUGGCAAUCAUUAAUAGAAGAUCGUCAAUUAUUAUCAUGGGUAGCAGCUCAUCCAACUGAACAUGAUAAAGUUGGAGCUAGAUUAGUUACUAGUGAACAAAUUACAAAAUUAGAAGCUCAAUGGAGAUUGAAUAGACAUGCUACUAUUUCCGAUAUAACAGAAGUAGAUGAUGCUCAAGAAGAUAUUUUACCAAUAUUAAUGAGAUAUAAUGAUGCAUUCCAAUAUCAACAAUCAUUUGCUCCAUUAGUUCAACUUGAAGCUGAUUAUGAUAAAAAUUUAAAAGAAUCUCAAGCUUUAGAACAUAUUCAAGUUAAAUGGGCAAUUGGAUUAAAUGAUCGUCAUUUAGCUUCAUUUACUCUUUCAACAUUUGAUACAAAUGAAUUAAAAGUUGCUGUGGGUGAUGAAAUUAUUUUACGGUAUUCAGGUUUAAAUAAUGAACCUUGGGAAGGUAAUGGUUAUAUCAUACGAUUACCAAGUUCUCAUCAAGAAGAAUUUACUCUUGAAUUAAUUCCAAAUCGUACAACCCCUCCAACAACUUUAACUACUGAUUUCACAGCUGAAUUUGUUUGGAAGGGUACAUCUUAUGAUAGAAUGCAAAAUGCUAUGAAAUGUUUUGCCGUUGAUGAAGCAUCUGUUUCUGGUUAUAUAUAUCAUAAAUUAUUAGGUCAUGCUGUUGCACCAGUUGAGUUUGAUAUUGCUUUACCAAAGAGAUUAAGUCAUCCUAAUUUAACCGAAUUGAAUUUUUCUCAAACCAAUGCUGUAAGAGCUGUAUUACAACGUCCAUUAUCAUUAAUUCAAGGUCCUCCAGGUACUGGUAAAACUGUUACUUCAGCCACAAUUAUUUAUCAUUUAUCAAAAUUAAAUAAAGAAAAAAUAUUGGUAUGUGCACCUUCUAAUGUUGCAGUCGAUCAUUUGGCUGCAAAAUUAGAUUCAUUAGGUUUAAAAGUUGUUAGAUUAACUGCCAAAUCUCGUGAAGAUGUUGAAAGUUCAAUUAGUCAUUUAUCAUUACAUAAUAUUGUUAAUGAUACUGCUAGAGGUGAAUUAAAGAAAUUAUUAAGAUUAAGAAAUGAAAUUGGUGAAUUAUCUGGUGCAGAUUCCAGAACAUUAAUUAAAUCCAUUAGAAAUGCAGAAUCUAAAAUUUUAAACAAAUGUGAUGUUGUUUGUUGUACAUGUAUUGGAGCCGGUGAUAAACGUUUAUCACAAUUUAAAUUCAGAACUGUAUUAAUUGAUGAAAGUACUCAAGCUUCUGAACCAGAAGUUUUAAUUCCUAUUGUAAAAGGUGCUAAACAAGUUAUUUUGGUUGGUGAUCAUCAACAAUUGGGACCUGUAAUUUUAGAUAAAAGAGCUGCUCAAGCUGGUUUACGUCAAUCAUUGUUUGAAAGAUUAGUAUUAUUAGGUCAUGUUCCAAUUAGAUUGGAAGUUCAAUAUAGAAUGCAUCCAGGAUUAUCUGAAUUUCCUUCCAAUAUGUUUUAUGAAGGUUCUUUACAAAAUGGGGUUACUGCUGAUGAUAGAAGAAUUAUUAAUUCAACAUUCCCUUGGCCAGUGGUUGAAACUCCAAUGAUGUUUUGGGCUAAUUAUGGUCGUGAAGAAAUUGGUGUAAGUGGAAGUUCAUAUUUAAAUCGAGUCGAAGCUAUGAAUGUUGAAAAGAUUAUUACUCGAUUAUUUAAAGAUGGAGUUUCACCCGAUCAAAUUGGAGUUAUUACACCUUAUGAAGGUCAAAGAGCAUAUAUUGUACAAUAUAUGUUAAUGAAUAGUACUUUAAUUGAUAAAAAGAAGGAAUAUCUGGAAGUUGAAGUAACCAGUGUUGAUGCAUUUCAAGGUCGUGAAAAGGAUUUUAUUAUUUUAAGUUGUGUUCGUGGGAAUCAAGCUCAACAAAUUGGGUUUUUGAGAGAUCCAAGAAGAUUGAAUGUUGCCUUAACAAGAGCUAAAUAUGGUUUAAUUAUUUUAGGUAAUCCUAGAACUUUAAGUCGUAAUCUGUUGUGGAACUUUUUAUUAAUUCAUUUUAGAGAACGUGGAACUUUAGUUGAAGGUCCAUUAGAUAAUUUGCAAAUGUCAAUGGUUCAAUUGAGUGGUGGAACUGAAGGUAAAUUUAGUGGAUCUGGCAAUAAUAAAUCCCUUAAUGGUAAACCAGAAUCCUAUAAACCAUUUGCUGCUCCAUCCACUAUUGGUGGAAUUUCAACUGAUUUUGAUAGUGCAAGUAUAUUAUCUUAUGAGCCAGGUUCAACCAUUGCAGGUAAUCGAACUCAAGAACACCUUGAUGAAGGAGGUCAAUGGCCCAGAUUAGGUAAAGUAGGUGAUGAACAUAAUAAUACGUAUGAUGAAAAUAAUUUCUCAAUCACGUCGAACUUCUUCCAAAAGUUACAACAAAAUAAUAAUAAUAAUAGUAAUAAUAAUAAUAAUAAUAACAGCAACAACAACAACGGUUCUUCAUCUCAACGCAGUGGACAUUUAGAUCAGAAGAGAAUUGAAGAUGAUAUUAAAAGUGUUACUACAUCCUUCAUUAAUGGGUUGUUUUUAUGAUAUGGGUAGCCUUCUUUUUCUCAUAAUUAAUAUAAGAGUUAUUAAAUUAAACUAAAUGAUUUGU